AUGGCGGAGAAUAAGCGCCAGAGUUCCGGUGCGAAAGGAUCUCAGACUUCCGCCGGUACCUCGACUGCUGGUGGAAUGGCGACCAAUAUGGUUCCCUUGGAGGCCGCUUUGAGCGGCGCGAUCGGUGCUCGUGUUCGCAUCACGACCGCCGCACCAAACGCCUCAACCCUUGAGGGCACCCUCUUUACCGCAUGCCCUAUCACGAAUCUCGUCGCAAUCAACACGUCACCCUCGGCACCAACCGCAGAUGCGAAACAGGCCCAGAGCGGCGAUUACCAUGUCAUUCCAGUCUCUCGUAUUCAGUCCUUCCAACUUCUCGCUCUUCCUUCAUCUAACUCCUCCGACGCGCCCUCGUUCACCGAUGCCCAGCCCUCGAUUCAGGCCCUUGAUACCCGUGCGCUGAAGGCACGUGAGACAAAGGCCAUUGGCGAAGCGAUGGAUCGUGAAGCCCGCCGUGGAAAGGGCGUCACUCGUGAGGCUCAGGAUCUUUUUGAUGCUUUCAGUCGGACUAUGCCCGCUCAUUGGAACGGUCCUCAUAUUGUGGUUGCGGAUGCGGUUAGCAUUAGCCCUCCUUACCGGGUUGAUGAUUGCCGUCCGUUGGUAGAGGGCAAUGAGGCCGCGCUGGCUCGAGUGCGCAAGGUGCUCGAGAUGGAGCGCAAGAAGAUCGAGCUCCGUAACGCGAGCGCAACUAUUGGGUCGACCAGCACUUUCGCCCGUAAUGCUGGUGACCAGCGCAAGGGUGGGUAA